AUGUAUUAUUACCCGCCGGCGCUUGGUGCAGAUCUUUCGAAUGGUUUUGAUAAACGUAUUGAACGAGAUGAGACUAUUAAUGAGCAUCUUGAUGGACUGUUACUAUCAUUGUGUGAAUAUGAGCGUCAACAUGGUUUCCAACGUACUUUUGUUGAUAUUUUGACAUGGAGAGGUAUUCUAACACGAUUCCUUUGUACUCCAUUUGAUCGGUGUACUGCCUGGGCUGUUAAUAUUGUUCGUUUUCAGAAUACUAUCUUUAUUGAAGAUCAUUUGGAAACUAUUUCACUUCCUACUGAACAAGAGGCACGCAUGCGAUUUUGGGGCUAUAAGUUUGAGACACUUUCGACUCUUCCAGACACUUGGGAUAAUUGUUCUCGUGAUCAAAUUGAACACCGUAAUGAUAUUAUUGUUAAUAAUCACAUUCAAUAUUGUUCUGUUGUUCGUACCAGUCUUGAUAAAACAACUCUUGUUAUGGGUGGUGAAGUAGAUUGUGCCUGGGAUGCUAAACCUGAUCCUCCUGAAAAUCCUGUUCCACAUUAUGUUGAACUUAAAACAUCUCGUUCAUUAACAACACAUUCAGCUCGAAAAACAUUUGAACUUCAUAAAUUGCUUAAAUUUUGGGCUCAAUCUUUUUUACUUGGUGUACCAAGAAUAAUUGUCGGUUUUCGUACUGAUGAUGGUUAUCUUGAAUCAAUCGAAGAAUAUAAAACACAAACAAUUCCUUCAAAAACAUCUUCUUUCAAUGGUAAUCUUGCACUUGCUUGGAUGUCUCAAUUGUUUUAUUUUUUAAAAGAAAAAAUUCCUGAUCAAGAAGGUGUAUGGAGACUUUGUUAUACUCAAAAUGCAGAUAUUGUUCAGCUUUAUAAAAUAGAGUCUAAAGGCUAUGGAUUCUUGCAUCCACAGUUUAUUUCAUGGAGAAAAAUAAAUAUUCAAAAGUUCAAUGAUCCUUCUGUAUAG